AUGGGUGGUUACUUUGUCAAAAUCUUGUUUGCAUUGUUAGUGUGCUUUUUGCAUACUGAAAUAUCCAUUCUUGGAUUGAACUCUACAUCGGAGAUCUCACGUGUGAAAUGCAUUGAAAGUGAGAGACAAGCCCUCCUCAACUUCAAACGUGGCCUUGUAAAUGACUCUGGCAUGCUGUCUACAUGGAGGGAUGAUGAAAAUAACAGAGAUUGUUGCAAAUGGAAAGGCCUUCAAUGCAAUAAUGAAACAGGUCACGUCUCCAAGCUUGAUCUUCAUGGUCACUACCCACAACGUUUGUCAGGUGUAAUCAAUAUUUCUUCAUUGAUUGACUUGCAAAAUAUUGAAUAUUUGAAUCUUAGCAAUAAUGAUUUUGAAGGGAGUUACAUCCCAAAAUUUAUGGGCUCGUUCACCAACUUAAAAUAUCUUGAUCUAUCAUGGUCGAGGUUUGGUGGGAGAAUUCCUUAUGAAUUGGGGAAUCUCUCAAAGUUGGAGUAUCUUGAUCUUAAAUGGAAUUCUCUUGAUGGAGCAAUACCUUCUCAACUAGGGAAGCUUACAAGUUUACAGCAUCUAGAUCUAAGCCUAAAUUCUCUUAGUGGAGAAAUCCCUUCUGAAGUAGGGGUGCUUACAGGCUUACAACAUCUAGAUCUAAGUAGAAAUUCUCUUCACGGAGAAAUCCCUUCUGAAGUAGGGAAGCUUACAAGCUUACGACACUUAGAUCUAAGCUUCAAUUCUUUUCGUGGAGAAAUCCAUUCUGAAGUAGGGAUGCUUACAAGCUUGCAACAUCUAGAUCUGAGUGGAAAUUCUCUUCUUGGAGAAAUCCCUUCUGAAGUAGGGAAGCUUACAGCAUUACGAUAUCUAGAUCUAAGUUAUAAUGUGGCUAUUCAUGGAGAGAUCCCUUAUCACUUUAAAAAUCUCUCACAACUGCAAUAUCUUUGUCUUAGAGGACUUAAUCUUUCCGGGCCAAUACCUUUCCGGGCUGGGAAUCUUCCUAUCUUGCAUACUCUUAGACUUGAAGGCAAUUUUGAUCUUAAAAUUAACGAUGCACAGUGGCUAUCUUCUCUCUCUUUUUUAACAACUCUUGGCCUGACAUCAUUGCAUAAUCUUGGCUCCUCUCGUUACUGGCAACAAAUGAUCGGUGAGCUUAUAACAAACUUGAGAGAGUUGAGUCUAGUUGAUUGUAAUCUCACUGAUGAAAGUGUUGUGCUAUCUGCUUCCAUUCAAAAUUCUUCAUCUCCUCUUGUCACCCUUAACCUUAAUGAUAACUCGUUAGAAGGUCCAAUACCUAAUCUUUCAAAUUUUACAUCUUUGAGGACAUUACAUCUUUCCAAUAAUCGGUUAACUGGAGAAAUACCUAAAAGCAUUGGGUUGCUACAUGAGUUGGAGUCUCUUCACCUACAGGAUAAUUACUUGGAGGGUGAUAUCAAUGAAUGGCAUCUCACAAAUUUGUCCAAAUUGGAGGAGUUAGACUUAACAGACAACUCGUUGUCUCUAAAGUUUGGUACUACAUGGGUUCCACCUUUCCAAUUAUAUAAUUUGGGACUAGCUUCUUGCAAGUUGGGUCCUAGUUUCCCAAGUUGGCUCCAAACUCAAAGUCACUUGGGCUUUCUAGAUAUCUCUGAUGCUGGGAUUGAUGACUUUGUGCCAGACUGGUUUUGGAACAAGUUACAGUCUAUAAGUUUGAUGAAUAUGUCUUACAACAGUCUCAAAGGUACAAUUCCGAAUUUCCCGAUCAAGCUUACUGAUGACUAUAAACUUAUAAUUCUAAAUUCAAAUCAACUUGAAGGUGAAAUUCCUGCUUUUUUAUCCCACGCUUAUGCAUUAGAUUUUUCCAACAAUAAGAUUUCAGGCUUAAACACAUUCUUGUGUGGAAAAAGAGCAAGUACAAACCUACACACUUUGGACUUAUCAAGUAAUCGAAUAAUGGGACAACUGCCCAACUGUUGGGAACAUCUAAAUACAUUAGAAUUUCUUGAUCUGAGCAAUAAUAAAUUGUCAGGCAAGAUUCCACAGUCCAUGGGUACACUUGUUAAUUUGGAAGCUUUGGUCUUAAGACACAACAAUUUUAUUGGAGACCUACCAUUCACCUUGAAGAACUGCACUCGUUUAGAUAUACUAGACUUGAGUGAAAAUUUGUUGUCUGGUCCAAUACCGUCAUGGAUUGGACAAAGUUUACAACAAUUACAAAUCUUGAGCUUGCGUGUAAACCACUUUAAUGGAAGUGUUCCUGUUCAUCUCUGUUAUUUGAGGCAAAUUCAUAUCUUGGAUCUUUCAAGAAAUAACUUGUCAAAAGGAAUUCCAACUUGUCUAAGGAACUUUACUGCGAUGAUGGAAAGCAGACUACCAACAUUGACAUUUAGUUUAUAA